AUGGCAUCAGGAGCUGGCACUGUCCCCGGGGAUGAGCACGUGCCCAGCGGAGGCUUCAUCCGUGGCUUGAAGAUAGAGGCGGCCCUGCCUCGAGCCAUCGCCGUGCGGGACGAGGCGGCACCAGGGGCCACCGCGCGGCGCGUCCCCGGAGCAGCAUCUGAGGGCGGCAGGUCAGCCCGGGAGGCUCGGCCAACACGCUCGUCCCUUCCCGCGAGGCUGCUCCUGGGCCUGGGUCCCCGAGGGCCACGGAGCCCAGGGAGGCCGGUCCUCCCGGUGGCCGCCUCCGCGGGCCCGGGUCCAGGGCCUCCCGGGCCUCCCCUGCGUCCCGGCCGCCUUGCUGAGGCGGGGCCCCCGGGCCCAGGCCCGGCCACCGACGCCUGCGCUGUCCUCGGCGGGCGGGUCCUGUCCCGAGGGCCGCAGCCGGCGGAGGGGGGGCCGUGGGGCUCUUGUCCUCGGGGCGGGGGACAGGGUGGCGGCCUCCCCCCGGGCGCACAGCUCCCUGCUCCGCCCCGAGGGCCGCCCGCCCUGUCGCCGGCCUGUCCGGCCUGUCCCCCAGCCUGCGGGGUGGCUCGUGCCCGGGCCCCGGCCCUGGGCGGUCAGCAGAGCUGUGACACACGGGUCCCCUGCCACGGUCCGGACCUUCCUCAGACUGCGGAGGAGAGUCGGGGGGCCCCAGGCCGGGGAGCGCUUGAGAGGCGGGGCUCUGACCUCGGUGACCUCUGCGCGCCCAGCAGCCCUGCCCUCAACCCUGCGGCUUGGUGCAAAGCAGGCCUGGUGCCCACCCAGCUCCCCACCCCCCGCGUGGGGGCUCCGGCCUCCCAGCCUCAGGUCCUCACCUGUCAAACGGCAAACAGCAUCCGCCUCCCUUCUGAAAGGUGUCCCCACUGCAGCCCCACUGGGCCACCAGAGCGCCGUGGGCAGCAGGAAGGGCUGGAGCCCAGGGUCUCGGGGCCCACCCCGGGGUCCUGCCCAGGCCCUCAGGACACUGCUCCUGCCGACCUACGCUGCGGGCCCACCAGAGUCCUCCCGACCCCACACCCUCAGCCCUGCAGGGAGCGCACAGUGGGGCGCCCGGGGCCCCCAGCUGCUCUAACCGGGGCUCGGCACCCAGACCAGGGCAGGGCCCGGGCGCCCACCGCCCUGCAGCCGGGGACGCUGUGCCACUCGGCAGGUGACCCGCCGCCGCCGAGGCCGGAGCCCCCGAGGACGGCCGGGAGCACCGAGAGCUGGGGGUUCCAGCUCCUUCGGAGGGGGCCCUCAGCCGGGAUCCCCUUUCCUUUGGGCCUCUUUGGAGUUUAUGGGAGUUUUACGGAGGGGAGCCGCGCGGCCAACCCCAGGGGCAGGGCGCGCCCUGCUGGCGGCGCCGGGAACCGCAGGCGCGAGCGGCCGAGAAGCGGGUCUCGGAGCCCCACGGGCCAAAGCUGGGAGCCCGCCCUGCGCCCCGCCGCCGCCCGUGACGGUUCCCGGCGCCCGGCCCUGCCCCCGCCUGCAGGGCCCCCCGGGCUCCUCCGCGCACAGCUGCGCCCCGAGCUCUGGGGGCGGCCGGCCUCCCCCCUGCAGGAAGGGCCUGCCCCGGGGCCCACAGGCCCCUGCCUUGCUCCCCCGGGGCCCCCGACUCGGGGUUGGCCUCCGAGCAAGGCAGGACUCCGAGCCCCCGCAGCUCCUCCCCUCCUGCGGGCCGGGGCGCGGGGUGCGGGCGCGGGGAGGCCCCGGGACAAGCACUCUCGGGGCAGCGAGGAGACCCCCAGCCAGCGGUGGCCCCCGGGCUGGCAGGAUGGGCCUGCUGGCCCCCCGGCUGGGGUGGGGGGGGCACCCCGCCUCCUGCGCCCUCCAGGGCUCCGCUCAGAGCCAGGCCGCGUGCGCCAUCACCCUUGGCCCAGGGAGGCCGAGCUCCAGCCCUGCUGCGCGGGGGACACAGGCCAGGAGACACCUGCAGAUGGGGUCGCAGGCCAGGAGGUCUGCAGGAGCGAGGCCGGCAGCAGCUAG